GGGGACUUGACCUGAGACCUGACUCGGGGCUGGAGAGAAGAGGCUGGUUUUUCAUCCAGGAGAGGCGAGCAUCUCCAUUUGGCAUCUGCUCCGAAAGUUACCUGGGAUCUUACCGGUGAGAAAAGUCUUUUAAUACGCUUUUGGGCAGGGCGUCCUUCGUGUUAAAGUCUAGGGCAACAGGGAUGAAGGAAAUGCAAGAUUCCUGGGAAGAGCCACGUUUGGAAGAGCCUGCAGGAUCAGGCCAAUGGCCCAUCACAAUCCGAUGCCCAUGAGAAACCCAAAACAAGGCCUGAGCCCAUGAGCCUCUCCUGCGGUUUCCAGCCACUGGUAAUAAGCGUUAGGGCAACUUGUUCUCCAAGAAUUUGUCUCACCUUUUAAAAGCCACCCAAGUUGGAGCCCCUCUUAUAGGCCUGCAUGUUUUAUGACGGCGAGCAUGCAUUGCACAUGCUUUUUUCCUAUGUGCGUGCAUGUUGUUGGCUUGGAAGCAAGUCUCGCUUUGCUCCAAGGAGCUUACUCGCGGGCAAGCGGAAUGGGGGGAAAAGGGCGCUGGUAGUGCUGCUAGGCAGGGUUUUCUCUGCAGAAAAGCAACCGCCUCUUAUUUACAGAAAAACGUUUGUUUUCUUGCACUCCCUCAUUUGCCAGCAGCUUACUUCGUAGUAGUUGGCGGCGGAUCGCUCCCACCCGGACAGGAUCUUUUAAAAAGGAGCCUGUUGGCUGUGAAAAAAUACCACCCGUCUUUGCUCUGCUCUGUCUCUCCAAUGUGCGGUUCCUGCCCACCGAGGUGACCGCUUUAAGGCUUGACGUCGCAAUGCACUUAAUUAGGAUAUGCAAUACUUUGGGCCGGUGUUUGCGUUGCUGCAGGACAGAUACCCUUCCAGCAAAAAAUGUUUAGUGGCGAGUACAGAUAUAACAUGCAAUAUAAAAAAAUAAAAAAUCGGGCAACGCGUUGCAUUUCCAACAAGGGCUGCGCGCCCUCCUAGUUAUUGCACAAUGUUUAUUUUGUUAAUAUUUUUUCAAGUUUGGCCCCUCCAAACCCACACACUGCGCCGCCUCUGCAAACUGGCCUCGGGAAGGCGCGGGAUUUGAAGCGGGGUGGGGGUGGGGGUGGGAGGAGCCUGCGAGGCAGAGUCGCGCGCGCCGGGCCCCGCCAGCCAAUCGCGGCGCAGCAGCCGCAGCAGGACUAGCGGGCUCUCAAAACAACUUCGCGCGCGCCAAAACUCCGUAGGAGAAACACAGCGAAGAGAGCGCCGUGUCCCUCCGCCGGUUUGGGACUACUUGUCCAGCGGCGAACUCACUAACCUUAGGCUUUUUCUUAAAAAGUGUUGUGUAGUAAAAAUAGGGAAGGAAGGGGAAGUAGUUCAGAGCCUAUGAGAUUUGGCAGGGGUCUUGUAUUUUCCUUUCCUGCCGUGUGGUUGAGAAGCAAGCGCUGAGGUGCGGAGGAUUUCGAAUGGCGGUUGGGUGAAGCGGCUCCUCCCGGUUUGUGGCGCCAGAAUUCGUCGGCGGCGAAGGAGCCUCGUCUGUGGCGGCCAAGGCCUCGUCCAGCUGUCAGGGCGACGCGACGGGAGGGCCAUGGUGAUGCUCCGAAGCGGCUCGGGCGGCCCUAGCCGUCCAGGCCCGGGCGGCGCUCCCGCCGGCAGCAGCAACUCAGGCGGCGGCCGACGGGGCGCAACGCCGGCGUCGCCUUACGACGCGAUGGAGACGAGCUCCGAGUUUCUCUCAUUGGAGCUCCCGUCGGCUUCCUCGGCAGCGGCCGGCGGAGACAAGGCCCGGAGAGCCGUCGCGGUGAGGAGAAAAGCGGCGGCGGGGGGGGGGAAAGGCUCACCUUUUACUUUUAUUAAGUCCCUUAGGGAGAUUCAGGCUCCUCCCCCAGGCGGCAGAGACUGUUUUAUGUGUAAUGAAUUCAUUAUUAUUACUAUUUUUUAAAGUUGCUGGCUGCUGCUCCUUGCCACUAGAGGCUUUGGAAGCAGCUGCCCAGAAAAACCGGAGCGCGCGAUAAAACCAACUCCAAAACAACGCAGCUGGGCAGCAAAAGUUUCAUAACAAGCGGCGAAACGCUGCGUAAAAAUCUUGAAAGUUGCAGCCAAAAACAAAACAACCAUUUUGUAUGUGGGGUUUUUUGGGGGGGAGACCCAGAAGCUGGGAAGUCGUUGUUUUGUAAAUAGUAUUUAUUGCUUUUUCCACACACCAGAAGCUACGAAGUCUUAAGCGUAGGGAGAACGGCUCUGGAUUAGAAACCGAAGUUGCCCAUUCUAGUUCGUCAUCCUUGUCCCCACUCAGCCUGAUGUUGAUAAGCACAGGGAACCCAAAGCGCACAGCCAUUAGUUAGACGGGGUUUGGGGGGGCCAAGCUUAAUAAUUCCCCUUUUGCCCGCCUCAAUCGCCCAUAUUGCAUGGUAGCGAGUGCCACGAGUUUGGAACUAUGUGUCCCGAAACUCGCUCUAAGAUUUAGCUCCGUUGCAUGACAAUGCCUUCCAGCAAAUUGAGCAAUCCGCCUCCUCGAGCUUGUCUUGGAAGCGGUUUUUUUAACAGCAGGCUGUGGGCUUGACUUGCCCAGAGGGUAUAUCAUUGCCCUGUUCGUUUCCUUUGUCAUGCAGAGUGCCUUUCUAAACAUCUCUCCAAGUUGGGCAGUGGCCCUGUCCCUCCCCCCUUUCUCUGAUUCUAGCUAUCUUUCAUUGCCUUUACUCACCUUGGCACUCAAUUGCUCCUUUAGAGUCUUUCAAACAUGCAAACACACACAGUUGCUCACAUUGAUCAAACUACGAGUGGCUAAUUGGCUGUUGGUUGGGAGUGUAGCCAAGUCAAUUCCACUGUGAGCAGACGUACCUGAAAUCAAUGAAUCUAAGUUGGUAAUGCCUAUUACUUUUAGUGGGUCUAUUGUGAGUUAAGGUUACCAGAUGUCCCCGUUUCCCGGAUUUACAAAUCAGUCCCCUGACAAAAUCCUAUCAUUCCUACUGAAGUUGAAAAGUGUCCCCGGAUUCAUUGAAAAAAAUUUGGUAACCUUAUUCUGAGUAGAACAUAAUACAGCCCAUGACCUAGCAUUCAGGCAGGAGUGGUCUUGAGUACCAGUGAGUACCUACCUACCAACAACCUGCCUUGUCUGAAUUGAAUCUGUUUAUUUGACUUCAUCCUGCCUGGUGGUUUUGCAUUUCCUGGGUAUCUUGGCUCAGAUGUAAUGGAGAAAUAGUUCUUGACUUUAAACCUCCAAACUAUCACACACUUGUAUUUUAAUGUAGAUAUCAUAAGGGACAGAAUAGAACUGUGUGGGUCAUGCCAUGACUAUAGUGGAGAACAGACCCAAUUUUUCAUUGGAACUUCGGGAUGUAUGUGUGUAUCUAACUAACUAUAUAUCUAACUACUUGUAAACAUGGCUUUUUACUAUUUGUGUACAGUUGAAGAGCAUUUGUUGAAUGCUUUCAUCUCUUAAUUUUCAGUUGAUGUUUCAUGCUCUUGUUAGUUGCCUUAAUAAUCCUUCCGAUUUUACAUACACCAUGGGUGAUCCAAAAGUAUCCUUCCAGUUCAGUUUUUCUAUCGUAAACUAGUUAGUUUAAUUUAGGCAGUACAUUUAAAACAUCAUGUGUGAUCUUUGGAGUGCCAGUCACAUCCUUUUCAGUUAAUGUAAAUGAGGAGCUGAUAUGCAACUACUAAUCACAAAAUAUGGAGAGGUUUUUGUCAGUUGUUAAUUUAUAUACCACUUACAUGUCAAAUUGGCUUUUAAGUGGCUUACAACUAUUCAAACAUCCAUAAUUAUUUAAAAUACACAAUAAUAUUAAAGCAUCCUUAAUUAAAAUAUACAAUAAUACAAAAAAAUUAAAAGCAAAUAGUACAAUGUGCAUGUUCCUAAUUGGUUUUUACUUCUUCAGGAGUUUUCUUCAGAUAAAGAAUGUGAACAUUUACAUUCCUUAAGAUCUAUGAGGAAAAAUAAUCAACAUUAUUCAGACUCUAGUUUUGACAAAAGCGUGACAAUGCUGAGUGAGAAUGGUAUUAACAGGAAACAUUUUACAAGGUAAUAACUUUUUCUACUUCUUGCAGAUAUGUUUGUAAGAUCAUUUUAUGUUCUACCUGUAUUACUUGUAGCCUAGUUUAUUAAGUCCUACACUCUUAAGUACCAGAGUUUUUUUAUACACGUGCUGUGCUCCCCGCAGAGUAAAUUAGUGCUUACAAAUCUGACUGCAUGUAGAGCACCUCACAUUGCCAGAACUUAAGUGGGCCCAGUUAUGCUGAUUGCUAUUUGUAUUCCAUGCCUUGGAAAUUGUCUUCUUGAGUGAAUUUGUCCUUUGGUCAUUGUUAGAGAAAAUUGUGGUGUAGAAACUACAGCUUUUCUGAGGUGGAUUUCAACUAAAGUUCUUGGUUGAAUUGCUUGAGGAUGGUGGCACAGGCUUCUAUACUUUAAGAUUUAAAUAUCGUAUUUUUCACCCUAUAGGACGCACUUUUUCCCCUCCAAAAAUGAAGGGGAAAUGUGUGUGCGUCCUAUGGGGCGAGUGCAGGGUUUUGCUGAAGCCUGGCGAGCGAGAGGGGUCGGUCCGCACCGACCCCUCUCACUCUCCAGGCUUCAGAAAGCUAUCCGCAAGCCGUGGGAGAGCUGCGUGAAGUCGCGCAGCUCUCCCACGGCUAGCGGAGAGCUUGCCGGCACCCAGAAACUUGGUGCGCGCUGAGCUCAGCACGCCCCAGGCUUCCAGCUUCACGUAGCUCUCCGCUAGCCGUGGGAGAGCUGCAUGAAGUCUCACAGCUCUCCCACGGCUUGCGGAUAGCAGCCUGUUCGGGGGUUGGGGGAAGCUCGGGCUUCCCCAGCCCCGCACCUGGGGGGAAAAUAUUUUUUUUCUCUUUAUUUCCCCCCCCCCCCCAAAAAAAACUAGGUGCGUCCUAUGGGGCGAAAAAUAAGGUAUUCACAACUUGGACUUCUUGAAUGAUCAUACGUUUCUACUAUCAUCAUGUGAAAAGAUUAUCUCUUUUAGGGUUUCCUGUUAACUAAGUAUUGUGUAUAUGACAUACAUAUCUGGACAGGCAGUCACUCCAUUGACAUAUGGUGGGCCUUGGCUUAUGAUGCACCAGUGAAUUGUGCCCCAUUUUGCUCCUCCCAGCUAGCACUGAAAAGUAACCACAAUCCAUGGUGAAGUUAGGAUUGUUGUUUGUUUCAAUGCAACAAACCACAUUCAGUAAGCCCAAGAACAAAUUUUUGCUACAGAAUGUGUUCAAACAUAAUUCUAAGCCAGAGAUGGUGGUUUGUUUCGUAAAGCCAGGAGAAGCGAUUGACUUGAUUCAUUCAUGCGGUAAGCAAUGGUUUAUGACUAUCACAUGAGAAUUUGACCAAUGCCAAGCAAAUUGACUGUAAGCAAUAUGAACUAGAACAUGUAUUUAUUUAAAAUAUUUCACUUUUCAGUGGCCAAUCAAUAUUUUCCAAGUAGUUUACUAAAUAGUAAAAAGUGCAAAUGUGAAAGAAAUAAAACAUAAGAGCACAGGAUAAAAACUUGCCGUAUCUUAGAAGAAAUAAAAAAUUAGGUUUAAAAGCCUGAAGGAAGGGGAGGUUGUUGUCUGGUACUAAACUUACAGCAAAGUAGGAGCUAGGCAAGCUUCAGGUUAUCUCCUGUUUGCCACUCACCUUGCUUCCAGUGGUGAGGGUAUCUGGAGAAAGGUAUCAGGUCUAAUUCUUGACACACAGGCAGAUGGAUCCAGGAAUAGACUUCUUAGUAGAUACUGGUUUGUUAGUUGGGUAGAGCUUUUAAAUAAGUACCUUGCACUUUGAAGUUUUAUGUAAUAGGGAGCAAAUUCAAACUGUGAUUAUUAUCCUACCUCCUGGUUUCUUUUAGCAGUCUUUAACAGCUGUGUCCUCCACUAACUGGAACUUUCAGAUGUCUUCAAAGGCCCCAUAAAAGAGCAUGUUGCAGUAAAUCAUAUCUGGAAUUUACUGGAGAAUUAAUAACUGAGGCCAAGAUGUAUCUACUCUGGAGAGUCUGUAACUGGUGCUGUCCAAAAUACUGUACUUUACAUGCCACUGGAGCAUUGGAUGGCAAUAAUGGAUUUAUAAUCAUCCUCAAACUGCACACCUGAUUCUAGUGGAAUAGGGCAACCCACUCUAGAACUGAAUGAACACAGUCUCUCUGAACAUAUGAACCAGCCACCAAUAGUUCCUACACCUUGGCAGAAUAGAACUUCAUUGAAAAGAAAUUGCAGUGUAGCUAUUAUAUCAGUGAAAACUAUUAAAAUGUUUUACAUUUAAAAUGCAUUAUUUAUGUACUAAAUACCCCAGAAUUAUACUGCAGCUUGUGGAGGGCAAUCCACAGUUAACACAGAAAUGUAGUAAGACUGGAAAAAUACAAAUAAUUUUGGUACUAGCGUGCAAAGCGCUAAACAUCUUAGGACCAGGGUAUCUUAAAGAGCACCUCACUCCCUAUAGGCUGCCUAGGUCAUAGAGCUUCAGGGCUGACCUUUUGGUGGUGGAUCCCGCUCUAGAUAUCAGAUUUAUUUUUACUCAGAAGAUAGCAUUUAGCAUAGUAGCCCAUGCAUUAUGCUACCCUUCUAGCAGAGGCAAGACUCAUUGGUGGAGGUGAGAAGAUUCUGACACUGGGUUUUGGCAUACCAUAAAAACAUUUUUAUUUGAAGCAUUUCUGGGGUGUUAAUUUUAUCUGAUUAAUUUUAAUAUUCUGUGUUUUUAAUGUUCGCUUUUCUACUAAUGUAGAGAUCUAUGGUUAUAAGCAAUUUUAAAAACUCACUUUUUUUUUUAAAAAAAGAAAGGCUUAGUGUCCAAGCAACAUUACAUUUUAAAAUGAUUUUGGCACUACCUUUUGUUAACUUGAGCUUUUAGAAUUGAUCUUUUUAUAACUGAAAAUUGAACAAAUAAAAAGGAUUUCAUAAACUAAGCAAAUUCAAAUUCUCAAGAGCACCAGUCCUUAUGAAGCUAAAACAUUCCCUCAAGCUUUGCAUAAGUACAAAUUUUCCUUUUGGUUGGUGGGAGAGAACAAAAAUAUCCUACUGUGAACUGAGCUGGUGGAUGGGUGAAAAUGGGAGUAUUCUGGAAAAAGAACAUAUUUGGAACCCUAAAGAGUUGCAGGUCCCAGAGUUCAACUCAGUUCCAGUGCUGAGCCAAAUGAAAAUUGGUGAAGUCUUAACUUUGAAUCUAUUUGUUUCUGUGCAGGCAGCUGGCUAGACAACAAGCAGAUAAAAAGAAUGAAGAUUGUGAAUAUGGUAAAUCUAGUAAAAUACAAAUCUUGUGAAUUAUAGAAAUGUAGAGUUGUAAAAUGAUCCAGUGCACCACUGAUACCAUUCAACCUCCUAGCCUGGGGAAGGUUGACAUUUGUGUACCUUUGCAGUGGAAGGACAUUCCAUAGCUUUCAUCGGCACUGUGUUCAGCUGUAGCAAGAACGAUCUGACCUAAAACUAUGCCACUUAUCAAUACCUAUUGCUCCUUUUGUAUUUUUAGAGAUAGGGUAAAUGAAUGUGUCCCGCCAGGCACCAUUUCAGAGGACCCCUCUACCAUUGGUAGAGGGUGGCUUGCAGAGGUGACAGGGCAGCUGUAACAAGGUGAAUGGGCCAGGAUAACACUUUUGAACAAGGAGAGUUUCAGAUAUUUUAGAGUUGAUGCUAAAUUAUAAUGUUUUCUUUUGGUAAUGAGAGCCAAUUGCUCCUGGAUUUGAUUUUACUUUGCUCCCAGAAAUACUGCAUCCAAACAUUAGUUUUGAAAAACCUCACAGAAAUGCAUGAUUGACAUCAUAAGAAGUACCUAGGACUACUGCAUAAAUAGUAAACUUAUUUGUGAAACAAUUCUCAACGCCAAAGAAUAAUGCGUAAAAAUCUGUUCUCUAUGUAAGCCAACAGACUAAUGAAAAGAAUGUUUGUUUGUUUGUUUGUUUGUUUGUUUGAAAACAUAGGAACUGUAGUUCGUGUCACUAGGUCUUUGAAAACAGGAAUAAAUUCGAAGUCUGGUGAACAUGUUGCAGAAGAAAAUGGGGAUGUUGAAGUCCGCCGCAGUUGCAGAAUUAGGCGAAGCCGCUUUAGUACUAUGAACCAGUCCGUUUUGUUUGACAAGCUUAUUACAAAGUAAGGACUUUUUAUAGUGUCAAAAUGCCUUGAGAAAGCAUUUUCUUGAACAACUGUGGUGGAAAUGAAAAUUUUGUGAAACAUGGUAUUUCCCCACUUUUAAUUUCUGAUUGCAGCUUCUUGUAUUAUACUGGAUAGCUCUAUAACUACAGGAGUAACUUCAGGGAUUAAAAUGUUCUGUGGUGGAAAGAUGGGACUUAAUAGUUAUGUUGAGUGUACAUGUGGCUCUGCAUAGUAGCCUGUUUAUGUUGUUUACUGGAGUGUUUAUAUUGUUACUAUAGUCAUAAAACUUGUUGCUAAAAUUCAGUUUAAAAGAUCCUGCCCUCUGUCAACCAACCAGGUUUAUAUUGUAAGUUCAAUAUUACUAUUGUUAUCAUUAAGCUUACAAUAUAAACAUGGCAGACGAAACUGGGUGGGAAUUUUUAUUGAAUUUUACUAUUUUGAUGUUGUCAUGUUCCAUUAUUACCAUAUAUUUUUAUUGAUGUGAAAUGUCCUGAUGCCAAAUAUAAUGAAAAAUAGUAUAGAAGCACUCAAAAUAUGAGUAAAUCUUUUAGUUCAACCUUAAUGCUAAAUAAAAAUAAACAUUCAUUAACACCUGUGGAUUCAUGCUCUGAUUUCCCACUCAACCAGCAACUGCUUCAAUGGUUUCUUAGUUUUGUUGUAAGAUAGGGUGUUAUCUUUGUGAUUUGUGCUUGAAUAAUAGAAAGUUCUGCUAUUUCACUUUCAGGUGGGACUGUAGUGAAAUUCUUUUAUCUUGCUGCCAUUCAUUUCAAACCUUGCAUAUAUAUAUAGCUUGCUUUGUUUAACUGAUUUGUGUUUUAAAAUAUUUUUCAUGUUGUGUUUGAUUACAUCUUGCACUUUGUCAAGCACUGCAGAAGCUGUACUACAAAAAAUGGAUGAUAUGAAGAAGAUGCGUCGGCGACGAAUGCUGGAUUUGGAGGAUCUUGGAGUGUUUAAUGAUGGAGAAGAGGUACAUGUAUAUACAGAUUGUGUAAAAGAAUAAUUUCUUGCUAUUAUUCUUUCUUUGUUAAAUAUGUAUUUUGCAAUUUUAACUUCAGCUUUGCUUACACCCUGAGCAAGAGGGAUGGAGAUAGAAAGCUUAAACAUUUAUUCCAUAGUGUUUUGCUACUUUUAUUGAGCUGGCCUUAAAGCUGAUAGAUUCAUUUACAUGUAUGAUAUGUGUCAUGGGAUGACUUGAAUUACAUGUUUUCACUUGUUAUUAUUAGGAAAACCUUAAUGUGUACUCAAGAGGAAAACCAAAAAGAGCAAUCCAAAGGAUUGAUGAAGAAACCACUGAUAACCAAGAUGGAAGUGCAGGUUAUUGUGCUACUUUUAACUUUUUAGAGCUAUAUUCUGUUUUAUUGUUUUAAUACAAUGCAGUACAAUUUCAGCAUACUUUUAGGUUUUGAGUGGGUGAAUUAGUAUACUUCAAUAGGAUAAAAUUAUGCUUCAUUUUGGAACCUUCCCCCCCCCCAAAUGUUUUUAUUGUUUUUCAGUAAAACAAAAUACAAAUUAGACCAAUGUAACUUGUAUACACAAUGGGGAACCUUUUUGUUUAUAGAAACAUCCUUCACCUUAGACAUUUAGAAAAUGACAUGUGGAGAUGGUAGUUAAUUACUCCAAAAAUCCAUUUAGUUUGUAGUCCUAAACUCACAAAAUUUAUUGGGAUUUCUGAGGAGAUGCUAUUACAGCAGGCAUCCUCACCCUUCGGCCCUCCAGAUGUUUUGGACUACAAUUCCCAUCAUCCCUGACCACUGGUCCUGUUAGCAAGGGAUCAUGGGAAUUGUAGGCCAAAACCUCUGGAGAGCCGAAGGUUGGGGAUGCCUGUAUUACAGUCUCUUAAAAUAACAAAUUGUAAUAGCUUUUACUGUAGUGAAGCUGUUAUUCCUAAUCCAAGUCUGGCAGUGUCUAACUGCACUUACAGCCCCAGAAUCUGUUGUAAGUCAAGUAAGUUUCUUUCUUUAAGCUAAAGAGAAUUCUGUUAUUUAGAAUCUUCAGAAGAAGGUGAAGACCAUGAAGAUGGAGAAGAUAAUCAAAAGCGUUACGACCUUAGACAGCGGAAAACAGUUGUGCAUUAUCAGGCCUCACCAGAAAGUAGGUGUCCACUAUACCAUCUUUCCCUGGAGUUUAUUUACCCUUGCAUAUUAUAUUUGGAAAGCUUCGUUAUUUUGGUAUAUAAACCUCUGUUUUGUUUUUGCUUUGUUUUUGCUGUCUUUACGUUUUGCCACACAAUUAUACAUGUUUUCACUAGGUGACUACCAGAAAAUCUUCCAGUUUGAAUGAUUGAGAAAGUCUUGUCCCAAAAAUGAAAACACAAACUUAGUUCAUGUUAGAACUAAACUUAACAUAUAAGUCCAUGAUAUUCCCAAAUUCUGACAUUUUAUAUUCUCAUCAAUUAAUAUGUAAGGGAAAACAUGUAACUGUUCUUACUUUGGUGUUUGUUAAUAGAACCAAGGCACCAGAGGAAGCCCAAAUUGUUUUAUCCAGAUGCUGCUUCUCCAGUGAGACGAAGAUUUUCCUUCAGCCCUGCGGGAUCAAGGAGUCCUUAUUGUAAGAAGAUUAACAGGUUUGUUGAUUUGUUGUGUAUUAGUGCUCCAGCAUUAUCAGUGCAUGAAUGUUUUCUCCUCCUGACUUGCUCAACAACUUGGCUAUAUGGUUUCAAAUCAGCUGCACUUUCCUUCAGUUGUACUUGCUGUUAUGACUUCUUCAUCUAUAGCAAAUUGUGUAGAGCAAGGGUGGCCAACUCCCAAGAGAGUGCGAUCUACUCACAGAGUUAAAAACUGGCAGUGAUCUACCCCCUUUUGGGGGGUUCAGGUCAAACUUGUUGAGCUUCUUUGGGGGGGGGGGAGCCUGUGAUCUACUACCAAACACAUCUGCAUGCAGCUUACCCACUUUGCUGAUACAUGGAAUAAUUUGGAUGCCUUAACUGGCCGUGUAAAUUAAUUGUGCAAUUUUUCACAGUGACUACUUAACAGGUUUUGUCUUCCAAUUAAAACAGACGAAAACAUGCAAUUCACAAUAGUGAUUCUACAUCUUCAUCUUCUUCUGAUGACGAGCAACGCUUUGAAAGGCGUAGGAAACGAAGUCGGAGCAAAGCAUUAAGCAGGUAUCCUGCAACUUUUGGACUCAGAAUAACAAUGUACAUAUUAUAUGUUAUUAUCUAGCUCAGUGGUUCCCAAACAUUUUCUCAGUAGACCACCUAAAAAUUGCUGAGGGUCUUGGCAGACUACUUUUUCUGCCUAUUGUGGCAGUUGUAAUGUGUUGUGCUAGAUCAGGGUUUCCCAAACUUUGACCUUCAGCUGUUUUUUUGUACUACAACUCCCAUUGUUCCUAGCUAGCAGGACCAAUGGUCAGGGAUGAUAGGAAUUGUAAUAAUAAUAAUUUUUUUUAUUUAUUCCCCAGCCAAGGCCGGGCUGAGGGCGGCUAACAAGCAAUAAUAAAAACAAGUUGAAUGAAUACAACUUAAAAACAAGAUUAAAAUACAUUAAAAUAUUGAAACAUUAAAAUAUUAAAAUGCAGCCUCAUCACAGGAGGAAAAAGGAAAAAGAAAGAGGGGGCGGGGAGGGAAUCAAAUUGGCUCCAAGCCAAAGGCCAGGCGGAACAACUCUGUCUUACAGGCCCUGCGGAAAGAAAUCAGAUCCUGCAGGGCCCUGGUCUCAUGAGGCAGAGCGUUCCACCAGGCCGGAGCCAGUGUUGAAAAGGCCCUGGCUCUGGUUGAAGCUAAUCUAACUUCCUUUGGGCCCGGGACCACUAGGGUGUUGCUAUUUAUGGACCUUGAUGCUCUCUGUGGGGCAUACCGGAGGUGUAAAUUUGGGAACCCGUGUACUAGAUGCUGCAUGAUUUUUAAUGUUACUUUUACAGGCACACCACAAACCACCUGAAUUUAACUUAAAAUCACAGUUUGGGAGUCCCUGAUCUGGAUACUAGAUGAUUAAAACAUUGUUAAUGAGAAACCCAGAGAAUUCUGGUUCCUCAGAUUAAAUAAUUUGUUCAGAGGAGACACAGGACUGGAUUUGACUUAAUAAUUGCACUAGCAUGAGGCAGGACAAUGAGUCAUGCUAGUUCAACUGGGCUUCCCCCCCCCCUCCCCUGCACCCUUUGAAAUCAGUGUUUGGGGGGGCAGAAUAAAGUGUGGGGGAAGGAGAAGAGAGAUUGUUCCGUCUGGCAAGCAGAAAUGCUUUCACGGACAGAAUGAUUGUACAGCAUUGAAUUUCACCCACAAUAUUCAUAACAACUGUUUUAUGUUUAGCUAAUGUAGAUUCUACACUAUUUUACAGAUAGUAUGGAGUAGAUUUCUAAUUUGAAAUUACAUCUCGUGGUACUUUUGCUAAUUUAAAGGCAACCCCAUUUCCAUGUUUCAAUAUGAACUUGUUCCUUCUCUAUUACUUAAAACAACUCUUCAUUCUCAAAUUAGGUGCCUUCCACUAAACUUUAGGAAAGAUGAGUUGAAGGGAAUCCACAAGGAUCGAAUGAAAAUUGGAGCAAGCCUGGCUGAUGUUGAUCCAAUGCAAAUAGAUUCUUCAGUGAGUGUUUAAUUUCCUAGUACAUUUUGUUAUUGACCACUCUCUUAAAAUAAGCACAUCUUUUCAAGUUUUGCUGAUUAACCUGAAUGAGAGCUGUGUAGCUGUUUUGUUCAUUUAAGUACCCAUUAAUUUUUUUAAAAGACUUAAGUAAGAAGGUUUAAUUAUUCACUUCUGUGUUUUGUUGACCUUCAUUUGUUAAUUCUGCUUCUCCUUCUUAGAUCCAGUUUGAUAGUGUGGGUGGACUAUCUAGCCAUAUUUCAGCUUUAAAGGAGAUGGUGGUUUUCCCACUACUUUAUCCAGAAGUGUUUGAGAGAUUCAAAAUUCAGCCUCCAAGGUAGGAAGCAAACAUUUUGUUUGCAGGAUGACAGUGAACUUACCCCAAUCGUAAACGUUCAUCUUCUCUUCAUGAUUGCUAGGGGGUUUUUUAGCCUGCCCUCCACACAAGAUUACUUUUUGCAUAGUUAAUGCCUUUUGCAUAGAUGUAGCAUGUUCAUACAUUUUUUUCAACACAAUGCCAGCAGAAUGCAAGUUGCUUUUUUAAAUGGGGAGAGAGGAAUAUUGAAAUGAAUUGUUGGUGGGACCCAGAAGAGGGGGAGGGGAUGAAAUCUCUCUUAGGCAGACAGAAACUCAUAAGCAUAUUUAAUGAGGUUAGCUUAAAUUAUAUUAUGAUUAGGUAAAGUAUGAUAUACUUUUGAAAAUUAUGAAACAUUCUACUAACCAAAAUACUGCAAUUUCAUACUUUUAAUAGGGGCUGCCUCUUCUAUGGUCCGCCGGGUACUGGAAAAACACUUGUUGCCAGGGCACUUGCUAAUGAGUGUAGUAAAGGUGAUAGAAGAGUAGCAUUUUUCAUGAGAAAAGGUGCUGACUGCCUCAGUAAAUGGGUGGGAGAAUCUGAACGACAGCUUCGUUUAUUAUUUGAUCAGGUAAUUAUACUUUUAUCUUACUCUAUAGUGUAUUCUGUAUAGCGCCUUCAGAAUUUCUACAUUUGAGGUUUUGUUUUAGGCCUUUCAGAUGCGUCCUUCAAUUAUAUUCUUCGAUGAAAUAGAUGGUCUUGCUCCUGUACGAUCCAGUAGGCAAGAUCAAAUUCACAGGUACAACUUUGUUUUCUAUGUUUGUCUUCAAAUCUCCUGAACCUUUUCCCUGAAUACAUUACUUCUUGUACAGAUACUCUUAUGACAAGUCACUGUUUCCAUUGUAGAUUUGUAAGCUUUAAAUUUGUGAUGUGCUUAAAGCACCUUUGUAUUUAACCAAUUGCCUAAAGUUAGUAACAGUUCUUCCUGGCAAAUGAUACAUAAACCUCCAGGUAUGCAGGCAAACUUUUGUGUGUGUACUGCAACAUUGGUUUAGUACACACACACACACACACACACACACUGUGAGUUGUGUUAGAGCACAAAUUUGAGGUUCAGCAACACUCUCCUGUUUCUCAUACCAGUUCUCAGAACUGGUUUAUGUGUUACUUAUGUGGCGUCAUGACAGGAAUAUAAGAUCUGCUAAUGUGGAACAUUUUGACAGUGUUGCCAGGUCUUGAGGAAGUGGCAUGAUUUUGUUGUGUUUGAAAUAUUUGUCCCAUGUAACUAAUUGACUCUCACAUAAGAUAUUUUAUCUUUGAUGAGUCAAAACUUCAUUUGAAAUUUCAGUGAGUGUUUAUAGGUUGGGAACAGCUUUCUAUUACAAAGUAAAGUUAUGUUUCCUUUUAAGUGGAUCUCUUCAGUGGGUAGAAAAUGAUACAGGCUUGGACCUGAAGUUACUGCUGCACAAGCCGAAAUGCCUUCCACUUGCAGAUAAAAUAUGAGGGUUGCUUAUUUCUCACAAACACUCAGUCCUCAUCUGUAUGCUGCCCCAUAGACAUGAAAAAGUUGAGUGUCCCCUGACCCAAGAGUCAGUUUUCUAGAGCAACAGGGAUUGCAGGUGGUGCUAAGGACCAUGGUUUCUUCCUUCUGGUUGUGCCAGCAGAAUCUUGCCCAAGCCACAGUGGAUAAAAUAAAAUAUUUUUGUUUUGUUUUUGAAAGUUCAAUCGUGUCUACAUUGCUUGCACUGAUGGAUGGCUUAGACAACAGAGGUGAGAUUGUGGUGAUUGGAGCUACCAAUAGAUUGGAUUCUAUAGAUCCUGCUUUGCGAAGGCCCGGACGUUUCGACAGAGAGUUCCUUUUCACCUUGCCAGAUAAAGAUGUAAGACUCAAUUUUGUUCAUGCAUAUUUGGCUUUAACCUACCCAGAGUCUAUGGCAGGGGGUGGAAGUUGAUUUCUACUGAAAAUUGUUCUGGUAGGGUAAUGUGAAAGGAGUGGAGAACACUAACAUGUGAAAAGUGUGGGCAUAGACAGCUGAUGCCACUACACAAAUCCCAAAUGCAUCCAGAUGAUAUAGGUUCUGCUGUAGCAACUGGGAAUUUGGUUUUCUAUAACAAAAAUGAAUGAAUGAAUCUUAUGAUAGUAAAAAUGAAUCCAACAACAUCUGGAGGGCCACAGGUUCGCUAUCUCUGCUCCAUCCACUAUUUACACCAUGCAUGGUUUUAUAAACCUCUGUCAGGUACUUCCCCUUAAUAACUUUCUCAAACCUGAAAAGCUUGAACACUAACCUUUUUUUCCUGAAAUUAUAUAUGGGAGCAUGCAGUAAAUAGUGGGAUAACAUCCCACUGCUUAGGGCAGGCAGGUUGGGGUCAGAAGAUGCAAAAUUAUUGCAUCAGCCAGCUCUUCAGUCUGCCUCUAGUUCCCUCCUUGCUUUGUCUUGCGACUGAGCAUUUCUGAAUCCUCCUUACUCCCUCAUAGUUGUUCAUUUUUUCCUUGCCAUCUCCAAAUUCCUUGCUACUUUUAAUGUUGUUUUGCUUGUUUUCUGUGUUUUCCUUUUUAAACCAAAUUUAAAAACUCCCCACCCCAGAACAUUUGUAAAUAGUGUAAUAUUGAAAAUGUUGGUUACUGUAACUAGAAAGGAAGAUACAGUAUUUGAAAGGGAAAUAUAUGGGUAUUCUUUUGAAACUAGAUGUAUUUGAAAUACAUGUUUGUGUUUUUAGGCAAGGAGAGAGAUCCUUAAGAUUCACACCCGAGAAUGGUCACCUAAGCCAUCGGAGAUGUUCCUUGAAGAGUUAGCUGAAAAAAGUGUUGGUAAGAUGAUGAUGAUAAAACUUUUGACAGUUUGAAAAUAGACUUCUGCCAUCUCUGUAGAACCCUCUUAACAAUAUUUUUUAUUUACCUGCUUAUUAGCCAAAACACUGGUUUGAGCAUUUUUUAAAAAUACCUUGAAAUUUGCAAUUUAUGCCAUCGUUCCUCUAUUUCUGAUGAAGUAUAACAGCGUUUUACUCCCAGUGGAGAACAUAGGUCUCAAUAUUGAGUACAGUCAGUCUUUAGGACACCCCCCCCCCGAACAACAACAACCUGGAAACAGUCCAGUGAGGACUGAGCGUGCUCGGUGGCCAUGGAAUACGUUGUGUACAGAAUGUUGUUGAAUACUAUUUAAUCAAAGAAUACAACUGCUACAUAUAACAACGUCUGCCAUGCAAAGUAACACAUCCAUUCUUUGGGGAUUGCUUUUAUAUUGUAGCACACCUAGUAGGCUAAUGUUACAAAUGCAUGGUAGGCAUCAGUUUUACAUCAGCACUAUAUGAAACUUCUAUAAAAUAUAGCUAAUAAUAAUAAUAAAAAGAAAAAUAAUUUUUUAUUUAUACCCUGCCCUCCCCGGCCAGGGCUGUGCUCAGGGCAGCUAACACUGAAUAUAAAUUACAAUAAAACGUAAUAGGAAAAAAGAAAAAAAAUUAAUUAAAAUACGGCUUAAAAUAGCCAACUUAUGAUCUGUGUUUCUUAUAUUGCAUGGAAUUGGCCUAAAUAACCUAGUUUUGAGAAAGGAAUAAUUAUUUAAAUUUUUGUAUAAAUCAUGAUUAGAUCUUUGUGUGGCUUAUAAGACUAUUUGCAGGCCCUAUAAUUUCAUACAGAUGUGCUUUUCCUUUUGUAGGGUAUUGUGGAGCUGACAUUAAGUCCAUAUGUGCUGAAGCAGCUUUGUGUGCCUUGCGCCGACGUUAUCCUCAGAUUUACACCAGCAGUGUCAAGUUGCAGUUGGAUAUCUCUUCUAUUAACAUAACAGCUAAGGAUUUUGUGGUGGCUAUGCAAAAGACCAUACCUGCUUCUCAGAGGGCAGUAACCUCACCCGGCCAAGCACUCUCCAACAUUUCCAAACCACUCCUUGAAAAUACACUUCAGAGAAUCCUGGAAGUCUUACAGAAUGUCUUUCCACAUGCAGAACUGGCACAGAAAGGGAAGUCAGGUAUGUGCACAUUUAUUUACAUUAAUCGGGGGGGGGGGAUGAGUGAAUAUCGUAUCUAAUUAAUCUGAUGUGGUAUACAGUACAGAACUGAAACUUGAAAUUGUCCUCUCCUUUAAGAAUUACUCUUUUGCAAGCCAAAAACAGAAAACUACUAAAACUUGUGAGGAACUGAAGCUUCAGAUUGAUUAUUUAGCAAAUAAAUUCACCCAUACAUAAAUUUGUUUUCUGUGCUAAAUACAUUUUCUCUAAUAUGCUACCAUUCGAGAAAAUGAUCUCUUAGAAAGGGAACUGCAGUCUAGAAAGAAUAGUAAGUUCUCAAACCAUGACUCCUGCUUAUGUAACCUAUCCUAAUAAUAUAUAAGCGCCAACUGAUAACAAGUGAAGAUUCAUGAUAACUGGCUCAAAUGCGGAGACUGGAAGAAAUAUGCCCAGGUUAGAAGCCCAAAACUCCUACCCUGCAAGAAAUUUUCUGAUUCUGGGCCAGAAGAGCAAGAACAGCAGUUGUAUACCUCAGAACACACAGAGGUGGCUUUGGAAGGUACAGAACAAUUUCUGCCACUCCCCAGAAGACAGAAAAUAUAUUAUCUCUGUUCAGAUAGGGGCACAGCUGGGCCAACAACCAAAGCUGGUGGAAGGCACUCUGUGCCAGCAGGGCCAUUGAACCUCAAGCAACAGUAAAGGAUCCAGGAGUACCACCUGCGCCUUCAGAGGCAGUGUAACCGCAUCAAGAGCAGUCUCCCAUCCAUCCAGUCUAGGGAACCACCCUCAGUCUUACCUGGAUUGAGCUUCAUUUUGUCAUGAAUCAUAGCAUACUUUAUUUAAAAUGUUUCUUCAUCAAUAAUAGGUUCAAUAGUAUGAAAAUACUUGUUCAUACAAUAUACAACUACAAAAUAAGUCUAAACAAUUCAGUGCAACAAAAUGCAACAAAAUAAAAAUAGAUAAAAACCCAUAAACUUAAAAAGCACAGUAAACCAAAAUUCCAACUAAAAUAUAAUCCAAAAUUCCUGGGCAAAUGGGAAGUUGCUGAAAUAGUUGUUGUAUUGGUGUUGUACUUCCUCGUUGGGGAGGGCAUUCCAGAAUCUGGGCACUGCCAGCAUUUCAUAGAAUCAGAGUUGUAAUGCAGGUUUUUUUUGCACAACAUGGGGCUCGAACCCUUGACCCUAAGAUUAAGAGUCUAAUUGUUUACUGACUGAGCUAUCAGGGAGUAUUUGCUCUUCAUUCACAGAGUUAUUCCGUUUGUUUAAUAUCACUUGGCUUCUUGACAUUAUUAGUAAAGUUUCCUUAAGCAUUUUAGGUUACUGCAUUUAUGCAGAGUUGAAUCACUUGGAUUCAGUGCACAUAAAAUGUUAUCAAGGACAGGAAUGUUUAAAUUAGUACCAGGCCUUAGAAAUCAGACACAAUAUUCCAAAGGAAAUAAUGUAGAGUUUUGUUUUAUUUUUAAGAUUUUGCUGGUCAGGUAUUUGACAGUGACUUGCUGUACAGUGAUGAAGAGGAACUACCAGUUUCUGAAACUGGACCUUCUCAGAAAAUAUAUGAUAAACGAAAAGAAAUGUUCCUGAUUUUUAGCAGGUAAGUGAUAAAAGGUUGCUGUUGUUGGUUGGUCUUUAAAAGAAGCUUCAUUAUUUUCACACUUGAGGUGGUUGAUGUCUUAUGCUUGCUCCCUCAUUCUCCCUGAUGAGCAGUACUGAGGCUUGAAAGGUGGGCCGUCAUUCAGUAUUGACCUCCCUUCAGUGCUUACCUUAAAGUGGGGUGGCAGGUUGGGCUCUUUCUCCUUGUCUCUCCUUCUGCCUGCCGGGGGGGGGGGGAGGUUGGCAGGUGCCAAGGGGAAUGUUGAAUGCCCUCCUGAAAGUUCUGGAGAAAAUGGAAGUUCCUUACUAUGAAUUUCUGUUACACAAGUCAUUCCAUGUGCCAUUUCUGGGAUCAGCUCUGGUGAUUCUGUUUUGCCAUAGCUUUGUAGCUUCUGCUAAUGGCAUACGUGGGGGGGAGACAGCUCCCUAAAUCCCUGCCUAUUUCCUCCCAUGCUGUAUAUCACUUGAUUUAUUUUACUUGUGCUAAUUUAUAUUAAGCUGUGGCUUAGUGUGUUUUUGUAUUGUAGUUGGGGGGUGUUGGUUCAGGGGUUUUGGAGCAGCCCCCCCCCCCCAAAUCUAGGGAAAUACAAAUUUGUUGGCUCUGGCUGUGGGUUCCAAUAGGCUGUGUCCUCAUGAGGAAGUGAGGUGCCUUCCAGGAAACCCAAAGGAAGAAAAUCUCAUGAUAGGAAAAUUCAAUUUUCUCACUUCUUAUAGAAAUGCUUAUCACCAGCCAACCUCUUGCCGACCAAGACUUUUAAUAGCAGGAGAACCAGGAUUUGGACAAGCCUCUCAUUUGGCUCCAGCAGUGAUACAUGCUUUGGAAAAGUUCACUGUGUAUACACUAGACCUUUCCAUUCUCUUUGGAAUCAGUGCCAAAACACCUGAAGAAACAUGUGCGCAGGUAUUUCAGCUUUGUAGUAGUGCUACUUAAGUGAGGCUAACAGAACAGAAUUUUUCAGCAAAUGCUGAAAACAUUUCCACUUUCUGGUGGAAGACAAUUCUAGAAAACUGGAAUGUCAGAUCAUCUUCCAUGUGUGGGUGGGUUUGCCCCAGAGGAAUUUUUUUUUUUUAAAGUUUGGCUAAGGAAGGUUUGAGAAUUAUAAUUAUGGUUGACAAUAUGAAUGCUGCUUUUCUUCAGUCAUGCUUCAUUGGGGUUUUUUUUAGCUCAUUCAUAUCAUGCUUCUAUCAUGAUGGAAUUCAAGGCAGUAUUUCCAUCCCAGCAGACCCAGAAAAACUUAACAGUACUUCAGGGUUGCUACAUAUUUCUUCAGACAAUGCCUCAUAUCUUUUAGUGUUGUACUGUUUGCAUCUGAAUUGUUUAUAAUUAAUCUGCUUAACAGAUGACUAGUAUAUUUGAUUUCAAGUGCCUUCCAGAAAAUAGUGAUGAAUUAAAAUAAAGAUUAAUGAGAGAGUCAAGAAAAGGGGUAUGGACAAGUGACUAUUCCUCACUUUCAGAAAAUACCCCUGAGAAAAUGUGUAUUGCUAAAGCAAAUUUGUUAACAUUUGGCAUUAUGCUGAUUGUUCCUUCCUGUUUUUAUAGAUUUUUGUUUUAGCUUGUACUUUUAUGUUUUUUUCUGUUCUAUCAGCCAUUUUUGAGACUUAGUGCAGAUAGGCAGGAAGUAACUACCCAAACUAAAAGUACCUUUUUGAUUUUGAGAAUCUGAGAAAAUCUGGUGGGGGCUGGUCCCAAAAUUAACAAAUUUGGGGAAUGGGAGCGGUUAAUGAUUUUGAUUUUGGUGUCUUUCAGGCAAAAAAGUCAUGAUUAAAGGACAAAUGUGCUAAUGACCUGUCAGCUGAUCAUUUUUCUUGUAUUUUACUAGUUAAUAUGUGAAGCCAAGCGAACAGCUCCAAGUAUAAUAUACAUUCCAAAUAUUCAUUUGUGGUGGGAGACAAUUGGGCAAACGCUGCAAGCUACAUUUACUGCGCUGCUACAGAACAUUCCAUCUUUUGCUCCAAUUUUGCUCCUUGCAACAUCAGAUGUACAUCAUGCUUCUUUGCCAAAUGAGGUACUUUAUGUUAUUGAAUUCAUAGGGUAUCUCUUUGAUCCAGGGUUUUCUUUUUCUAACUUAAGCAUUUGAUUUCUUUUAUAAAUAAUAAAUAAAGAUGAAUGAGUAUUUAAUGUUUGCCAAAUAUUUCUAAACAUGGAAGCAAUUAGGGAAUACUUAGGCUAUCAAGAAAAUUGCAGUGCUCCAUUACUGCUUACAGAACAGAAGCAUUCCAACACAACUCUAGUAAAUUUUCAGGUAAAAUAAAUUUAAAUUAGAUUUAUUUAUAUCUGCCAAGUUUUGAGCUAAAGUUUUUUUGUUCAGAUCCUCAGUAUUAGUAGUUUAAUAGCCCUGGAACUCAGAUCUUUUCUGUCACUUUUGAUUCUUAUUUCCUUCUCACAAGAACUUGUACAUUUCAAUAUUAUUCAUUUAUUUAAGGUACAAGAAUUGUUUGACAAAGCGUAUGGAGAAGUUUUUGAUGUCUGCUUGCCUAGUGCUGACGAGAGAAGAAAGUUUUUUGAGAAUUUAAUUCUUCACCAAGCUGCUAAACAACCUGCAUCAAAAAAGAAAGCAGGUUAGUAUGUGCAACAGAUAAAACUAGAAAGCCCUGUAAAGGUGAUGGGAUGUUGAAAAUAACUGCAGUCAAAAUAUCUGCGCUUUAACUCAUCAAAAUGUUUUCUUUCGCCCCGUUCCCCCCACAGUUUUGCAGGCUCUAGAAGUGCUACCAGUAGCAGCAGCACCUGAACCACGACAGCUAACAGAAGAGGAGGUCAAACAACUUGAGGGGCAAGAAGAAGAUACUUUACGUGAACUCAGAAUUUUCUUAAGAAACGUUACUCACAGGCUUGCUGUUGACAAACGUUUCAGAGCUUUUACAAAACCAGUUGACUUACAUGAGGUAAUGCUUAGGAUUUUAUCUCUGCUCAUCAAAUAAAUAAACAAUGAUGUGGCCCAAAGUAAUUAUCUCUGUAUGUUCCUGCCACUUUAUUUGGAACAUAUAUGUUUUAUCUUGCAAUAAUUAACAUGUUCUGUGAUGUAGUAAGGUAGUUAUUUUGUCUAAUGUGGAUCUAACAGGCUGUACAAGUGCAAUCAAAAACUGACACAAAAUGGCAUUCUAAAUGCCAUCCAAAGCUGAUACUGCCUUUUCUAGGAAUUAAAUAAAAUUGCAAUGGAAGGCAAAGCCUGUUUGAAAAACUUCAAAUUUAGAAAUCUCUUAUGUUCAGUGACAGGAAGGUGCCAUAAAUAACUUACAAAUGCUGUCGAAGCUCUUAUUUACCUGCACUGUGAAUUUCCUUUGUACCACUCCUUCAUUGUCCCAUCUAGCUCCUCCAUUUACCCUCCUUCGCAUGCCUACUUCUCUCUGUCGCUGGCCCCUGAGGACUUGGUUUAACACUUCCAGUGUAAAAAUAACAUCUAGCCCAUGGUUCACUCCCAUUGCAUUUAAAGUGCCUCUUGGCUUUUAAAGUGUAUGUGUGAGUGAAAAGGAGUUGUUUGUAUGCACAGCUUAUAAUACUGGGUGUGUGUGUGUGUGUGUGUGUUUGUCUGUAUCUCUUCAAAAUAUAAAGAGUAUUUUCAAUGCUCAAAAGGGAAAGGAGCCCAGGGAAAGCAUUUUCCUUGAGUGGCAUGUAGGAGGCACCCAAGUUCCUAUAGCUGGCAAUAAUAAUAAUAAUUUUUUAUUUAUAUCCUGCCCUCCCCAGCCGAAGCCGGGCUCAGGGCGGCUAACAACAAUAAAACAGUACAAAAGUAUAGCAUAAACAACACUCUAAAAUCAUUCAUUAUAAAAUUAAUUAAUUCAAGCCACUGGCAACCAUUGGGCCAGAGCUCCGCGAAGAUUGCCAAAGGAGGGAAUCAGGCUGUGCCCUGGCCAAAGGCCUGGUGGAACAGCUCUGUCUUGCAGGCCCUGCGGAAAGAUGUCAAGUCCCGCAGGGCCCUAGUCUCUUGUGACAGAGAGCCACAGCUAAGCACCAGAUCGGAGCCACAGCCGAAAAAGCCCUGGCUCUAGUUGAGGCCAGCCUAACUUCUCUGUGGCCUGGGACCUUCAAGAUGUUUUUAUUUGAAGACCGUAAGUUCCUCUGUGGGGCAUACCAGGAGAGGCGGUCCCGUAGGUAUGAGGGUCCUAGGCCGUAUAGGGCUUUAAAGGUUGAAACCAGCACCUUAAACCUGAUCCUGUACUCCACCGGGAGCCAGUGCAGCUGGUAUAGCACCGGGUGAAUGUGAUCUCGCAGCGAAGACCCUGUAAGGAGUCUCGCUGCAGCAUUGUAACAUACAUAACAGGAACUAAACCUCAUCUGAUCUUAUUGAGAGAAUUUUAACAUGUCACAGGCAGUCCAGUUGAUUGACAAAUUAUUUGCUGCUGCUUCCUGCCAGUAUCCUGAUACUUAAGUUACAGUUUUAAGGCAAAUUUAUUAACAUUAAGAACAACAUAAUGAGAUGUCAAACAUUCUUAAAAACAUCAAGAUUUCUGUUUUCUAGCUUAAGUGAGAGAUUUCUAAGUUUUUUGUUACAUUUGUAGGUACCAGACUAUGUUACUGUUAUCAAACAACCAAUGGAUCUUUCAACAGUUAUUUCAAAAAUUGACCUUCAUCAAUAUCUCUCUGCCAAAGACUAUCUAAAAGAUAUUGAUUUGAUCUGUAGCAAUGCAUUAGAAUAUAAUCCAGACAGAGACCCUGGAGGUGAGUACAAAAAUAGUACUGUAUUUGUUAUAGGAAAAAAAUGUUAUUAACUUACUAUGAUAUCCAAAUCAGAAAUGUUAAAUGACAGUUAAUGUUUUAUAAGCUGUACUUUCUUUUUACAGAACUCUUUUGUUGUAACAUACUUCUAUUUCGAUAAAUCACAGUAGUUCAGCAAGGAGUAUAAAUUUUACAGUAUAAUGGAAAUUACUGAUGAAGCUGCUACAAAGUAUUUUUAUUGUGUGUGCAUUGUUAGAUCGCCUUAUCAGACACAGAGCCUGUUCUCUCAGAGAUACAGCAUAUGCAAUAAUUAAGGACGAAAUGGAUGAAGACUUUGAACAACUUUGUGAAGAAAUUCAAGAAUCUCGCAAAAAAAGAGGUGUGUUAUAAUAUUUACUCAAAAAGCAACUACAUUAUAGUUUAUGUAAGAAGAAUGUGCCAAAUUUCCAUUUCCUGCUGCAGCCCCUUAGACUGUUUCAAAUUCCCCUUUCCAGGAUCCCAUAUUCUUUAGGAGCCAGUGCUGUGUGUGCAAUGUGCACACAAAGGGCUGGGGGAGAUCUAAAAAGUCUAAAUGCAGCCCUUUGGAUUCCACAUUCUCCAUCCCCCCUGUGAUUGCUUGUGUAUGCUCUUCGCAAUAAGCACAUCUGCUGACUCAGAGAUAUUUACAGUUCUUUAUUUUACAUCUGUACAGGCAGCACAUUACAAUCAUGCAUCUGAAUCCUCCGGGAGGCUUUUCCUCCAACAGAAAAGGCGGGGAAGUUUCAUGUGACACCUCUCCCCCAUCCUCUUUAACUCUCUCCUCUCCUUAGCAGACGGAACAGGCACCGCCUCACCAUGAGUGCCGAACUUCCGGUGCGGUGCUGGGGCUCUGCUUCAGCAUCGGAGAGCCUUUGCGCCUCCUGGCCCCCCCCCCCCACCCGUCACUUCCUGCCCACCUCCCUCUGACUGUUCCUGCUCCUCCUCGGCAUUCUCUGGAAGUCCCAUGACACCCUCUCAUCUUCGAACAUAAAAUAUCAUUAUAGUUCAGUAACGUUUAAUAAAAGAUGCCUACAAAAAUUCAUUUCUUUUUAAAGGUUGCAGCUCCUCAAAAUAUGCUCCUUCUUACUAUUAUGUAAUGCCAAAGCAGAAUACCUCCUUGGAAUACAAGAAACUGGAUUCUGAAUUUGGUGAGAAACUGAAAAUCCAACCAGUGCCUCUGGAUUCUAGCUCUCCUUGCCCUUCUAAUGGUAAGUGUUACUUACAUUAUUUCUUAUUUAACGAACAAUUUGUGAACUGAUUUCAAGUUGUCAGUCUUGUCUUUAAACGAGAGAUAGUGGGGUGUAUCCAGUGUGAAUCAGAGUAGACCCAUUGGGAUUAAUAGACAUGACUUAGAUCCAUAAAUUUCAGUGGAUUUACUCUGAGUAAAAUUUAACUGGAUAGUAGCCCAAUGCAAGGACAACACACAUAAUCUGGAAUUUUAAUUGUGUAAAGCAAUGCUGAUCUCAGAAUAUUUUUACUUUAUGCCACUGUAUCAAGUGCCAUCUCCUAUUAUUAUUAUUCCACCCAUCUGACUGGGUUGUUCCAGCCACUCUGAGCAGCUCCCAACAAAGUAUUAAAUGCACAAUAAAACAUCAACCAUUAAAAACUUCCCUGAACAAGGCUGCUUUCAGAUGUCUUCUAAAAGUCAAAUAGUUGUUUAUCUGUCUGACAUCUGACGGGAGGGCAUUCCACAGGGCGGAUGUCACUGCUGAGAAGGCCCUCUGCCUGGUUCCCUGUAGCUUCAUGUCUUACAAUGAGGGAACUGCCAGAAGGCUCUUGAAGCUGGACCUCAGUGUCCAGGCUGGUCCGUGGAGAUGCUCCUUCAGGUAUACAAGGCCGAGGCUGUUUGUGGCUUUAGAGGUCAACACUAACACUUCGAAUUGUGCUCAGAAACAUACUGGGAGCCAGAUCCUUUAGGACUGGUGUUAUGUAGUCUCGGCAUCUGCUGCCAUUCAUGAGUCUAGCUGCUGCAUUCUAGAUUAUUAAGUUUCCAAGUCACCUUCAAUAGUAUCCCCAUGUAGAACGCAUUGCAGUAGUCCAAGCAGAGGAUAACCAGAGCAUGUACCACUAUGGCGAGACACUGCGCAGGCAGGUCUCAGCCAACAUACCAGAUAGAGCUGGUAGACAGCCACCCUGGACACAGAAUUAAUCUGUGCCUCCAUGGACAGCUGUGAGCCCCAAAUGACUCCCAGGCUGGGCAACUGGUCCUUUAGGGGCACAGUUACCCCAUUCAGGACACAGGGUAUCCCUCAUACUUGCCCACCUCCUGACCCUCUCUCCCAUUUCUCCACAGGAAGACUUUGGUCCUCAUAAAUAGCAUUGUUGUGUUUAUUUAGGAAACAUGAAACUAUUUUUAAUAUCUUGAAUAUGUUUUUAAUUUUUGAUUUAUACCUUUGCUGUAGCCUUAUCAAAGAGAAAACUCAGAAGAAAGAGCCGAUGGUGCCAGGGUAACCUAGCAAAGCGGAAGAAGACUUCUCAUUUCAAUAAAGAGAACAAAGCUCCGGGAGAAGAGCAAGAUGAAGUAGAGAGUGAAGGAGAAGAAUGCAUUGGAAAUCAUGACUCCAGCAUGGAGCAAACUGAAGUGGAAGAAUCUGAAGCUGUGCUUCCAGACCAGCACACAAAUAGCUCUGAAAACAAAUCUGAUGCAGAGAAUGGGAGUGACCAAUCUGCCAGUAAUGGUGCUAAGUGUAGGUCUGAGGAGAACAAGGAUACUAACUGUUCAGAGCAAAACAGAGGAUGUAAUGGAGAUCUAACAGAGAAUUCUUUAAAUAAGGAUAUUAAUGGUAAGUGGAGAGUCAUCUGUUGGCAUUAUCUGAAUACAUAAUUUCCUUUAGUUACUUAAUUAUUCUCCCAUCCCCACAUACAUGCAAUUCUGAGAGAUGACCACACCAACAACUCUGGAAAUAUUUUCAAAACAGUUACGCAAGGUGAAAAUUUCAGUGAAAUUUUGAUCAUGCCCGGCUAAUUGGAGCAGACAUUUCAAAUGUAUCAAAUUUGACUUUUGUUCAAAACCUUAUGUUUGAAUUCUUGUGUUUUUUAAGUUACCUUUCUUGCGACUUUGCAGAUACAGACUCCCUAGCCUUAGAUUUGCAUGACACAUUUUCUCAUUUAGCUGAGAGUAAAUCCUAUUGUACUCAGUGGGAAUUGCAUUCAAGUAAAUGGGCACAGGGUUGAUCCUGUUAUAUAACUAAUGGGUUUCAUAAUUACCUGGCAAAAUCUUAGCUGUUGUGACCUAAUAGAGAACUUAGAGCAAGGCCAACAUAUUACAUAGAUAGAUCAAAUUACAAAAUGAAACAGUUGUGUUUAAAAAAUCGUCUGGUUUGAAUCUGUUUCUGCUACUCAGUGGAAAUGAUAUUCUUUAGCGAGAAAGAACUUGGGCUCGGUUUUGAGUGUCUCAGAAGCCGAACAUUUUAGUUUUUGAACGCAAAAAACCCGGAAGUAUUGCUUUCGUUGUCGAACAGCUUCCGCUGCAUGGUUUUCAUUUUUCUUAGAUUAUUUGGUUGUUCUUAUUCUAGAUUCAUUUUUGUUAUUCUAGAUGUAUGUAUGCUUCGCAUGACUCGUGCAAGGCGUUCUCAAGUGGAACAGCAACAUCUCAUUAGUGUUGAGAAAGCUAUGGAGAUUCUUUCAGAGCAGACACCACCACUCAUUGUUGACCAUGGAAAACUUAAUGUACGUACACAUUCUCUUCCUACUGAAUACUAAAUAAGAGAUUAAAUGCAUCUAAAAAUUAGGUUAAUGUGUGGCUUCAGAUGUCGUGGGUGCAUGCUUUGGGGCAGGUAAUAUGGCAAAAACUAGCAGAAAAUUCCUUUCUAUGAGUUGAGCAAUUAACUUAUUUUAAAUUAUCUUCAAGUAGUAUUUUGUUGCUAAUGAGCUCCAAUUCCCAGCUGGAAAAUAAAUGCUGUAACUCAUUUGUUAAGACAUUGUUGCUAGUCUAGUGAACUGAAAUUCAUGCAUGCUUAGUAUUUCUUGGACCCAAAUUGGAAUUAAAUUUUAAAGAGCUUGUAGCAGUGUGAAUGGGAAUAGAGAAAUUCAGAUACUUCAUGCUUAUACACACCAGCCACUUAGACUUCUGCAUUGUACCUCAUGUCUCAGUGUGUUCUUUACAACACUGUACAAUCAGUGGUUAAUAGAAUAAAGAAAAAGGAUUGUUAUUGUUUUAAACUCAUCUUUUCCAGGAAUUGCUGAAAACUGUUACUGAGAAAAGUAGGAACUACACUAUACUUCAGUUGGAAAAACUUUAUGCCUUGCUCAGCCAGUGUAUUUAUCGACAUCGCAAGGACUAUGACAAAACCAAAUUGUUGCAGGUAUGAUAUGUUACGGGUGUUUUCUUGUGAUCCAAUUGCAUUGCUUUAUAGAUAUCAAGACACUUCAAUUUGUUGUGUUUUACAUUAAGUUUGCUACUGUUCCAUUAGUCUGUUUUAAUGUCCUUUUUGUAUGCAGACUGAGUAAGUCAAACUUCACAAAUAUACUGAAGCAUUUGACUCCAUGUUGCAAUUUUCAAUUGAGGUCAUAGUCAUUCAUGCCAGUUUUUUCUUAAGAUGUUUGUGUUACUUACAAUCUACGUAUGUCAAACUGUUGGCUUCUAGAGUACCUUUCAGAUUAGCAUAUAUCGUGUCCUUAUGUGAUGGGUUAUUCCAUGGCAGUUGGGUUUUCCCUGUGGAUGCCUUUCCAUUACCACAGAUUCUCCUCAGUUUUAAAGCAUCACUGAGAACUGGAGAUACGACUGCUUUUUAAAUAAGCAUUUUGUAUUUCAUAUGCACAGACACACCACUGUGACCCUGUUAAGUAUCCUGAUCUAGACAAUAUGGACCAAAGAUUUUGAAUGCGGGGGUGUAAAAUUGGCGUUGGCAUUCAUCUGUCUUGUGACAGUGAUGGAGUGUGCCUUUGGAGGGUGAGGUCAAGCUGUUGGAAGGUUGAAGCACCUGCUGUGGCUGUAGAGACCAAUGUGAGAGAGACAUCUUUUGUCAUAGGUGGGGCAGGUUAAGGCGUCCAGUUGUGCUGCUACAGAUGCACCAUGGCGUUUCUUCUCUUGGUGAAAUGUGUUAGGCCUUAAUGUAUUAUAAAAGAGCAAUUAGUUCAAACAUAAUGUAAAGCAAAACAUAACUACUAAAGUCCAGUGAUCUAGCCUACUUUGCUCCUGCCUGCUAGCUUGUGUGAUAAAUGAAACACAAUCCCUAGUAUUUGUUGCUCCCCCCACCCCUAGCAUGUGGGGGGAAAGUGACUCAAAUCUGUGCAUUCACAGUAAGCUAUUAACAAUGUUUUAUUUUGAUAUGUGAAUGAAGCCUAAAAUACCUAAAAUAAGAGCUCUCCCAAUGAUUAUUGUUCCUCACCUUAAAUUGAAAUACAAUAGAUGAAACUGCUCUUUCCACUGAAGGCUUACAAUGUAAAUCUGCAAACAUCACAUCUGGAGAAUAUAAUUAGGUUACAAAUUCAUUUUGGAGAAAAGUACCUAAUAAAAUGCUGUUCGGUUUUGUCACUGAUGCUAUUAUUCAUUUUCAGGAAAUGACAAGAGAAAUUGCAGCCUUUACUUAAAUCUGCUAAUGAAAUCAUCUAGUUUGAAAUGUUAUCCCCUAUAAAUUUGGGAUCAAAUACCUGCAUAUAACAAGCCUAAAUGUUCGUGAUUCAACUCAAUAUGGAUGUAAAAGCCAUAGACAUUGAACAAGCUGGAUGAAAGAACUAAAUAAUGCAAGUGAUCUGUCCACCCUAACAGUUUUCAUACAGUAUGCUUGGGGUUUUUUUCUUCUCUUUGAAAAUAAGUUUGUAACUUUGUGGUGCUAAUGUGUGUUCUUUAAAGAAAGAGGUUUGGUGGAAGUUUUCAUUAAAGUUUUGAAAAUAUUUACACACAUUACACCACUUUUCUCUGUAAAAUGAAUACAUGCUAAUUUAUGUCAAAAUGUUUUUCAAUUAAAUCAUGUAUAUAUGUUGAACCUCUAUUAAAAAAAUAUAUAGUUGGUGUUCUAAAAUCUCACUUGGGUUUAAAACGAGUGAUGGGACAUUCUAGUAUUCUUAUUUCCUCAAGUUUUUAACACAAUCUAUAUUUCUAUCACUGCACUAAUUCUCGUGUUAAUACAAUCUGUAAUCUCUUUGUUGUAUAAUAUAUGAAUAUGUUAAAUCUUAAUGGACAAAAUAAAUUUCUGUACUCUUUAAAAAAGUUGGCUGGC